ACGAAUCAAAAACGCAAGUGAAUAUCAGACCGGAAAGAUUCUUGAGUGGUUUACCAUAUGAACAGACGACACCCUGAUCUGCAUUAGUUUUAAGAUAUAUUGACUGCAGUGGAAGAACACUCUUUACUCCAGAUCAAAUCAUUCCACUAAAGCAUUUCUACAAUGCAGACAAUGGAGUUUGCCAUCGUAUCUCUUUUAGUGUUCACUUCUACUCUGUCUUCAGGAUGGGCCAGAAGUGUAGAUCUCGAUCUUCACCGCUACACACAGCAAACAUCCAGCCCUCUACAGAUGAACAACAUGUGCAGUGAUUGCAACAGGAUUGUACAGUUGUUGAGGGAAAUGCUCUCCAAUCAAGACUCACAGAAUCUUGUUGAAGAAGCUCUCAGCAAAUUUUGUCAUGAACUCCCCAAUAUGUUUUGGUGCACGGAUGGAUCAAAUAAAUAUCUACAUUUGGCCAUACAGUAUCUCAGUGAACUGGCAAAUCACAAAGAAGGUGACAUAUGUUCACUGUUGGGACUAUGCAGCAUCCCGACAGACAGAAAAGCCACAUCAGUGCUGAGUGUUGGUCUGAAUGAGUCCGGUUUCCUUUAUGCAAAUCCCUUAAGAGGAACUAGUCAAGAGGUUCGUGUCAAUCCUAUCUGUACCUUCUGUCUGUUCCUAAUAAAGACACUGGAGAGCAUGUUGCCAAAAGAAAGAACUGAAGAAGUCAUAGUGAAGCUUCUGGAGAAAAUCUGCGACUAUUUGCCUGCACAAUAUAAGGACAUGUGUGACAGCUUUAUAGAAACGUAUGGAAAGAAGAUCAUUGAACUUCUAUUGUCCUCCGCCCCUCCACAUACUAUCUGUACUGUGCUGGGGCUGUGUGUCUUCCCAGAGACACCAAUACUAUUGUCCACUGUGCACACAGACUGUGAUUCCUGUAAGAAGCUAGCAGUUCUGUCUCAGUUUCGUUUGGGCCACAACUUCACUGAGAUCCAGACCUCUGCUAAGCUUCAGAAGAUAUGCCACUUUCACCCGAAUGCUAUUCCUCAAUGUGAAAGGUUUGUGCAGCUUCAUGGCCUCAGGGUGCUGAAGAAUGAAGCAAAACUACCAGCUAUUACUGCAUGCAAGGAGGACUACCUCUGCAGGGGACACAACUGAAAUCAACUGAUUCAAUAAGAUUUCAGCUCAGAAGCAAUGACUUUUCUUCAGUUCACCUGAUCAAACCUUGUACUUCCACUUUAAUGGUAUAAAAGCAAGGGACAUUUUAAGACGUCCUACUUAAGCUUUGAUGACUUUUAAUUAGCCUUAAAAUGAUCUUUACACACCUAUCAGUUUUUAAUGUAAGCAUACAAAUGUUCUUUCAUGUCAAAUGUUUUUAAUGAUUAUCAUCGUAUUGCUAUGCAUUUAAAACAUGCUCAUAGCAUAUCUUACUUGUAACAUUAAGUGACACGGUUACUUCAUUUUUCUUUUGUCAAGUUGGUUAAUUGUUUAGUUACACAGAUUCAUAUUUUCUAUAUGCCAUUUAUGUGAAUAAUUAAGGGAAAAUAGCAUAUGAUUUAAGAUGAUUAAGACGAUUUAAGAUUUUAACAGUGCAACAUUAUGCUUGUCAUCAGAAAAACUCUGAUCUCUGCUAAUAAAGCCGAAAUUAAUCACAAUCACUAAUACUGUAUAUCAUUAAAAAAAAAAAAAAAAAAAUUGCCUUUGAAUUUUUACUAUUGUUUGUGUGGUAAUGCUGUACAAGGUGGAAGACCUUGUUCUCCACAUGAAAAUGUGUUAUCAAAGGUGUUGCUCAAAACCUCAAACAAUAAAUCCUAAAAUAAAUUUCAACAACAA